AGAAGAAGCAGCAGCAGCAGAAUAAUGAGCAGCAGAAGAAGACAAUAUGAAUGAAGAUAACAGUUGUUUUCUUUAACGCCGACUAUGGAUGAAGUGAACUUUGUCUCUCUUGCUGUUGGAAGAUGUGUGGACGCCUGCUGCCUGCUGCUCGACCUGCUCGUCAGGACGUUCAGCUGGCUGUGUCGCUUCCUGUCCGGCGUGGGCGCUUCCCUCCACAACGCGCUGGUCGUCCUGAGCGGCUCCUCUCUGGUCGAAUACUGGAACUUUGCUCUGUUCUCCUUCCUCACCGCCACUGAGGCCGUCUCCAGCGCCGCCUGCGGAGCGCUGCACGUUGUGGAGGGCUGGCUGCAGACGCUGGGAGGAGUGUUUGAGAGUUUCAAGAUGGUGGGACACCUCACCUGUCACGUGGCGUGGCGAGUCAAGGACGUGCUUCACCGUGGGUUUAUUUCAGGGAGCUGCAUCCUGCGACAGACGUGCGAAGGCCUCUGCAUCGCGCUCAGCCUCGUUCUCUACUUUGUCAACACGGUGGUCAACAUCGUCCUCAUCGGCACGCAGAACUGUCUGUCUGUGUUGGCGGGCGUCUGGGAGGUGGUGGCGGACCCCGUGCACAAAGUGUUGGAGCUGGCUCUGACUGCGCUGACCUUCCUGUACAGCUGUCUGGUCGGCGCCUCCGUGCUGCUGUGGGCGCCCUGCCAGCUGCUUCUCGACUUCCUGGGAGCGUUGGGCCGCGUCUUCAUCACCGUCUUCAUGGUGGACUCGCACGGCCUGCUCAUCACGGCGGCCAUCAUCUCAGUGGCUUUGCUGUUACUGAACCCCAGGCUUCCUGUCCUCGCCGGACGCCUCGGCCUCCGUUUGGUCAAUGCUCUCCAGGGAGCGUGGACGAUACUGGAACAAGCUGUGGCCGAUCGGGCGGCACACACCAGGACGGCGCACAGUACAACGAGGCUCCCGCACACAGACCCUUCAGUCGCUGAGACCGACCUGCCGUCAGCGAAUGAACCGACCCAGCCAGACACUCCGCAGCUCCAGGAUCAGCUGGACGACGAGUCAGCGAGCGGCAGCAGCAGGAGUGGUGCGUCGCGGCUGAACUCUACUCCGGUGGACGGCGACAGCUCUUCGACUGACAGCGAGCUGCUGAGCCUGCUGAAGGAGCAGGAGGAGAGGAAGAAGUGUGUCAUCUGUCAGGACUUGAGCAAGACUGUGCUGCUGCUGCCCUGCCGUCACCUCUGCCUCUGCCGGCACUGCACCGACAUCCUGACCCAGCGCCGACACGUCCAGCAGCGCUGCUGUCCGCUCUGCCGGCAGCCCAUCACACAGACCAUGGACGUCUUCCUCUGACGGCCGGUGGACCAGAGAUACAAGCUGCAAACUGAAGCACAUGAAAACAGAAAAUCUUAACAGACUCUCUGCGAUAUAGUUGUUUUUUCUGUAAAAUAAUUAAUAGUAGGUCAGAGUGUCAAACUCAUCGACAUAUAAAAGAUG